CCUACAAAACCACAACGAUACUCUUAGAUGGUAAAAGGGUGAAACUUCAAUUGUGGGACACCUCCGGGCAAGGUCGUUUUUGUACCAUAAUUCGUAGCUAUUCGAGAGGUGCGCAGGGUGUUCUUCUCGUUUACGAUAUUACCAAUCGAUGGUCAUUUGAUGGACUAGAUAGGUGGUUGAAGGAAGUUGACGAACAUGCACCCGGAGUUCCUAAAGUUCUGGUGGGAAAUCGCCUGCAUCUGGCAUUUAAUAGGAAAGUAGGGCAGAGGGAUGCCCAGAUAUACGCCAACAAGCAUAGCAUGGCAUUCUUCGAGGUGUCUCCUUUGUGUAAUUUCAACAUACACGAGAGUUUCUGUGAGUUGUCACGCAUGGCCCUGCAGAGAAAUGGCAUGGAAAGACUUUGGAGGUCCAACAAAGGUAUGUCAUGUGUUUUUGAUUUGAUUAUGCAUUGGGAAUAA